CGUUGUGUUGGUUGGUGGCGCUGUAGCAGGCUAUAGCCUCAGCGUCCGCAGAAGAAAAUCAAAACAUCCGCUGAUAGCUCCAUGUAGCACACAACCGUGGGUCAUGGAGUUUCCCCAACAUUCUCAGCAGCUGCUGUCAGCUCUGCGUUGCCAGCGCCAGCGUGGGUUCCUGUGUGACUGCACUGUUUUGGUUGGAAACUCCAGCUUUGUUGCUCACCGUGCUGUGCUAGCCUCCUGUUCCCCUUUCUUUCACAUGUUCUACUCAGACUCUCCAGGAAGCAACAGUGAAAAUGGCACCAGCGGCUCUGUUACUCUUGAUAGUGACAUUGUUACAGCCCCUGCUUUUAGUUUACUCUUGGACUUUGUUUAUGAAGGUGUAUUAAAGGUGGAAGAGUCCCCUCCUGUUGAGGAUAUACUGGCAGCUGCCAGUUUUCUUCACAUGAAUGAAGUGGUGAGAGUGUGCAAGAAAAGACUACAAAGACGUGGCCCUGUGGCAGAGGCAGAUAGCACUCGCCCUGAAGAAAGCUCUGGUGUUAAGGCCCUAGUGAUGGGAAGAGAAGAGGGUGAGAACAGCUCUCAUGGACUAAAGCUAAACUCUGUCAAUGUUACAACACCUCAUUCACAUGUUUUGCUUCCAAUAGACAAAAACCAGCAGGAUCACGUUAAGAUAGAGCACAGACGUGCAGAGAGGACAUGUGAAGGACAAGUUGACCAUUCCCAGAGCCCUAAUCUUGCUGAUACCACCCAACCAGGCAUGGGCAUCUCGCAUGGCCCUCCCAACAACCAUCUUUUGGCCCCACAUGCCUCUGCCUCAGAGAGUCAGUCUCAGGAGGGAUCUGUGGGUGAAGGAGCAGGACUAAGCAGCCCAUGCAGCACCACAGAGGCACAAAGCCACAGCACUAACCAACAGCCGUCCUCGUCAUCAUUGAUUCCAUCUGCUAAGGUUCCUGGAUGUUCAGUAGUUUGGCUUCCCGGAUCAGACCUGUCACCCGGGCCCCAUGCCACUAGACCAAUCCAGGAGUAUGAAAUAUUAAGGAAACACUCAGAGACAAGCGACAGAGGUGAAUCUUGGGCAGGCGAGCAGAUAUCAAUGUUAAUUCAGACAGUUUCCUCACAUUGUAAAAACACAGCACCCUCACAGCUGCAGCAAACACUUCAAAUUCAGAGUAUAAUGUUAGAACACCCAAGCUCAGAAAUUCACAAUGAUACUGCAUCAAAACAUCUGACUGGGCAUCAAGGGGAUUAUGAAGCUGUAUUACCUAGAAAGGCCACAAAUAUGGAACCAAGCAUAGCUGGUGAAAAUGUAAAUAUAAAAGUCGAAGCCAUUGUUAUUUCUGAUGAAGAGCAAGAAGAGGAGAAAGAGGAAGCGCGAGAGGUUCUGAUGGAAGUGGAGGAUGACUUUGAAGGAGACAGUCAACAAGAGGGGCUGAGAUCUCAAUAUAGCUCUGAUGCUCACUUCCAGCUUCCAGACUAUUCAUUCCCCCUCUCCCCAUCUGAUGCUGGUCCAUCUUCUCAAGGUGGCACUGCUUCCUCUACAGCACAAUCUGAAAGUACAGUCUAUUUCCAGGAAUUUCAAGACUCUAUGGGAAACUUUGUCGAGGAUGUUCCAACGUGUAAUGUCUGUGGAAAGACAUUCUCUUGCUCAUAUACACUUAGGCGUCAUGCUAUUGUACAUACCCGUGAGCGCCCUUUUGAGUGUCGUUACUGCUACCGGAGUUACACACAGUCUGGUGAUUUGUACAGACACAUACGCAAAACCCACGACCACACGCUGCCGGCCAAGCGCAGUAAAGCUGACGCAACUUAUAUGGAAACACAUACCCUCCAACCUCCUCCACCACCUCCACCACCUCCACCACCUCCACCUGUAAGCUAGCACUAUUUUUUUUAUCUAUCUGGACAAAUAUUAGUAGGCAGGCACUACAUUAUGAUUCCUCAUAAUAUAACAUUAAACUCACACAACGUAAUACUAUGAUUUUAACUUAUGGGAAGCAAAAAUGUUUUUAAAAUUGUUAAAAGCUUAAGCUCAAGGUUAUGACUGGCCAAAAUGCUCUGAUCAGUUUUAUACAGAUUUAUUGAUUUAAUUUUUCUACAUUAAUAUUUUUAGGUAUUACCAGAAAAAAAAAAAAGAAAAAAGUUUUAUCACAAUGACCCUUUAGUGCUCCCCAUACGUCUAGACUUUUUUUUUUUUUUUUUAAAUCAACCCACUGGUCCAUGUAUCUGUAAUCAGACAAAGUACAGGUUAUUUGAUUAGUAUUAACUAAUUUUGUAAAAUUGCCUUUUGUAACUUCUACACUUACUGCCUCAGCUAACUCAGGCCAGUCCAUUGCCAUCACAAUUGUGUCAUCUGCGCUGGGAGGGGUUUCUAGAUUCCAAUAUGUCAGCUUGUCAAAUACAGAGGUAACGCGAACUGUUCUGUCCUAAAAAACACACACACAUACAAACAAACAUAUGAUUUUGUGGUGUGAAUAAAUCCAUAUCACAUAUAAACACAGCUUUACCUCUUCCUCUGAACCUGGCCUGUUGACUUCUUUUAAUACAAGACCAGUGUAGCCUUGUGGACAGUUGACCUCUUGUCCCUUGAGCCCCCGGCCCCUAAAGGACACUGUCUGCUCUAUGAAAUAAAAAUAAAAUAAAAAAAGCAAAACAUUAUGUCAUCAGAGGUGGGUAGUACACAGUUACAUUUACUUGAGUUACUUUUUAAGGAAAUUGUACUUUUUUGAGUAGUUUUUGGACUACAUACUUACUUGCUUAGUCCUACUUGAUAUUUUUUGUUGAUUAUUUUGUUUGAACUAGUAAUGGUUGUCUUGAGUAAAACUUGUGUUACUACUACUGUGCUCUUCAAACUGUAAUGUUUCAUGUUUUCAUAUUGCGCAUUAUUUAAAGGUCCAUUGUGUAAUUUAUCUGGUAAGGGGUCUGUCAAAUGCUUUUCUCCAUGGAGAUGUUAUUGCUUUGUCUGGAAUGUUUCACAGUAUGGUUUAAAAUGUUUCUAUCAUCACAGAAACCAAACCAGACCAACUUGCAGGUCUGGUCUGUGGUGAGGCGACCCCGCUCAGAACUGUUUUGUCUCCAUUUUUGAGCUAUAAAACCACCUGUAACUGAAGAAAUGUAAGGUAGAGCUAUUUAAUGCCAUAGUGUGGAUAAUUCCAUACAAAGCAAUAACAUCUCCAUAAAGAAAAGUAGGAUCCGCUACCAGAAAAGUUACAUCAUCUUACAUUAGAUAUAUAAUCUUAUAUUAGAUCCAGACAGUUGGCCUACUUACACAAUUACUCUUACACGAGUAGUACUUUUCCCAGAUACCCUUUUACUCUUACUCAAGUAAUUUCUUAGGGAUGUUACUAGAGUAAUUAUCCUUUGAAGUAACGUUACUUUGGUCACCCACAUCUGUCUGUCAGCGGUUAACAAGGGGCAUGCAUCUAUUGUACACGCCAUACCAUGUUUGCAGUCCUUUACAGUGGCAGAGAAGUACUCCGUGAUCUGUGCAGGUCCAUUGUGCUCGAUCUCACAAGGCAUUAGAUGGACCGGGGUGCGCGGUGCCUGUGCAGCCUGUGGCAGCUGAAAGCGGAUCACGCUGCUGUUACAGGACAUUGCACUCUGCCGCACAAAUGUAUAUUACUGUUCAGCAGAACAAUACUGAAAACAGAAUAUGUUUAAACGAUAUAAAUAAACAGACUGAUCGUUUAACAUUUUAUAUGAAAAUUAUACUGGGAAACUCUCUUUUACCUUA